UCACAUAUCCAAAUCAAGCGAUUAAUGGUGGUCUACAAAUUCUUCAAUUAUGGGUUUGCUCAGAAACUUUCUUUCUCCGUUCAUUCCAAUAUUUUUCGCGAAUGCAGGCUUUGUGUCGCGUAGCCCGUCGUCUCUACUCGACGCAACCACCAGAACGGGCUGCCAGCGCCUUGCCAAAGUUUGCAGCAGCUGCCAGAGAUGCCUCAGCUCCAAUGGCCGUUCGUGAACGCCGCGAACGCAAGCGGGCCCACCUCAAACCUCCUACCGACAGCGACCUCACUCAAUCAGAAUAUUCGGGCUAUAGACGAGCCCUUGCCAAGGGUGAGCUGAUGGAUGAGCGGGGGAGAGAUAUGACGGAAGCUCAAUGGCUUGACGCCCUCAAUGAACGGCGGACGCGUCUUCGCGGUCUGAAGGUCACAGACAUUAAUGGAGAGAAAGAGCUGCAGGUGGUCGGUCAGAGAAUUUAUCUCCCGAACAUCAUCUUCCGCAUGGUGCGCAAUUUUACACCCACCGGCAAGCCCUAUAACCCCUACGAAGCCACUUUCCGAGUUCCCAUGUCUGUCACGAAAACAGACGUUCGCUCAUAUCUAUCUUCCGUGUAUGGCGUUAAAACUACCUACAUCCGAACUGCCAACUACUUCUCGCCGUUAUAUCGCCAAUAUAAUGGGGCAAAGACGACGCGAGCAUACCGGACAUACAAGCGUGCCGUUGUCGGUCUCGUCGACCCGUUCUACUAUCCUCAAGCAAUGGAAGACAUGACUGCAGAAGACAGAAAGAAGCGGAUGAAUUGGCUCAACGAAAAAUUUGCGCUGGAUGCAUUGAAGAGAUGGAGGAGACAUGAACUGGUGCGGACGUCCCAGUCGGGGAGCAAGAACUGGCGCUUCACUGGUCAUCUGCGGAGGGAUAAGAUUUUGAAGGCAGUCGCAAGGAGCCGCUCAAGAAUGCUACGAGAAGUUGAAGAUGUGAAAGAGGAACUGGCAGACAAGCGGGCACAGGGGAUUCCCAUCUUCUCAGACACUAAGAGGGGCUCGCGACCAAGUAAAUGGAAGGAGGCGCUCUUGGCUAAUUAGAUCGUACGGCUCUACUUACACGUACGGUGAUACUAAUACUGAUAUUAGGCCAUAUUCUGCUUUGAUGAGCAUCGGUGAGGUCUUCUCUUAUCCAGUUGAAGGAAGUCCGGGUGCACUGGGAUCUGGAAGCCAGACUAGAUAAUCGAUGUCACGGUUAUUGCAAUGUCACCGCUUUUCGUUCCUUACCAUCAUAUGAUCCCAUUGACCACUUGUUGACUACUUUAAAUUCUUCACGCACUCACCAUGGUGUGGUGUGAUGUUCACAUGAAGAGGCUGUGAUUAAACCCAUGCUUGUGGUCCUUGUGACGGCGGUUUGAAGGAUCUAUGAUGCCCAGCCUUGCCCAGCCGUUGACACAGUGGUGACCCUGAAGAAUUG